AUGACGACCCGUUAUCGUGUUGAAUAUGCGCUCAAGACCCAUCGUCGGGAUCAACUGAUAGAAUGGAUUAAAGGUCUACUGGCUGUCCCCUUUGUGUUGCACUCCCAGCCCAACGUCGAUUACCAGGAACACAGUGAGGGGCUGAAGACGGUCGCCGCCGACACCUAUCAGCGCUAUGCAGAAAUUAUGCGCGAUGUGGAAAACUUGAUUAUCGAUCACAUCCAACAUCAUGAACGGCAUGCCCUCGGCAAGUCCAAGCUGAAGCUACUGGUACCCUCGGUCGGCACUUUCUUCACCAAAUUACACAUUGAAGAUGCCUUCAGGUACCAAGAUGAUCGACGGUUCAUCAGUCGGCGCAGAUUUGUGGCGCCCUCGUUCAACGACAUCCGGCUUAUCUUGAAUUCGGCCCAGCUACUGGGCUUGGUUCGUUCUAGCGAGGUCAAACUGGUCACUUUUGACGGAGAUGUAACUCUCUAUGAUGACGGUGCCUGUUUGACUCCAGAUAAUCCGGUUAUCCCACGGAUCCUGCGCCUCCUAGCACAGGGGCGCAAAGUCGGCAUCGUAACAGCGGCAGGGUAUGAAGAAGCCCCCAAGUAUUACGGUCGCUUGUAUGGCCUCUUGGACGCCGUGCACGACUCCACCACCCUGAGCCCGGCCCAGAAACAGGGCAUCAUUGUGAUGGGCGGUGAAAGCAAUUUUCUAUUCCAAUACGAUCAGGACUCUGAGGUUCGUCUGACCUAUGUGCCUCGCGAUGAGUGGUUGCUCGAUGAUAUGCGGGCAUGGGCAGAGAAUGACAUCAAAGAACUUCUUGAUCUUGCCGAGUCCGCACUUCGAGAUUGUGCCGCGAAUAUGAAUCUCCCGGCUGGCGUAUUGCGUAAGGAUCGCGCUGUGGGGGUCUAUCCGGUCAAUGGGGUUCGAAUCAACCGGGAACAGUUGGAAGAGACUGUUCUUGUGGUUCAGAACACUGUGGAGAGGUCUACUGUUGGUUCACGGCUGCCCUUCUGCGCCUUUAACGGUGGCAAUGAUGUGUUCGUCGAUAUCGGUGAUAAGUCGUGGGGUGUGCGUGUUUGUCAACAGUACUUUGGUGGCAUUGACCCUUCGAAGACCCUGCACAUCGGUGAUCAGUUCUUGUCUGCUGGCGCGAAUGAUUUCAAGGCUCGCUUGGCGUCAACGACCGCUUGGAUUGCAAGUCCCGCCGAAACGGUGGAUCUUUUGGAUGAGUUGGAGACUGCAGUGAACCCCUGA